CCUCUUCCCCCGCAGUUUGUAAAUUCCUGGGCCUUCACGUUUGUCGACUGUAGGGUGGCGCCAGGAUUUCUCACGUUUGUCGACUGUAGGGAGGCGCCAGGAUUUCCUGGGUUUACCCACCGGGCCACCCUCUAACCCCCUUUUGCAUCACGGAGUCUUUGCAAUGCUGUGUCAUGAUUGUGGUAUUGGCUUGUGUGGAGUAGGCUGCUUGAUCUUUUCUCUAACACCAUAUUUCUUCCACUAAUGCUGUUAUUUGGUGACCAGAAAUGGAGAAAAAAGUAAGCAGAAUCUCGCUUGCUUCUGAACCUGACAUAAUUCAUUUUCUACAAAUCACUUGGGAGAAAAGUCUAGGAUCUGGUUUUGUUAUUACACUCACUGAUGGUCAGUCAGUGUGGACUGGGACAGUUGUUGAAUCAGAGAUUUCCCAAGAAGCUGAUGACAUGGCAUUGGAAAAAGAGAAAUAUGUUGAUGAACUGAGAAAAGCAUUGGUGUCAGGCACAAGCCCAGCCGAUACAUACAAGUUUAAUUUUUCUAAGGAGUCUUGUCACUUCUCCUUUGAGAAAAAUCUGAAAGAUGUUUCAUAUUCAAAUAACUGCAGUACAGAUACAAAGUUCAGGAAAUCAACAUCAUCAAGAUUUGAGAAGUGUGUGAGAGCUAAAGAAGAUUUGGAGACUGAUCUUUAUAAACGGUUUGUUCUGGUGCUGAAUGAGAAGAAAGCAAAAAUAAGAAGCUUACAUAAAUUGUUAAAUGAAGUUCAAGAACCAGAAAAGAACAUUGAGCAUGAAAGGGAAACUGCAACAUGUUCUGAAGUAACUGCUGACAGAGAUGCAAUCUAUGAUGAAAGUACUGAUGAGGAAAAUGAAAAUUUGCCUGAUCCCUCUGUGUUAAAGCCAGCUACUUUAAGAGAUGAUUCUAUUAUUUCGAAUCCUGAUGUCACUGAUAUUGCACCAAGCAGAAAGAGGAGGCAGCGGAUGCAAAAAAAUCUUGGGACAGGACCAAAAAUGGCUUCUCAGGAACAUCAACUUCAAGAAAAGGAAAAGCUUGAUCCUCCAGUACCUGAGACAUUGAAAACGCACAGCUCAGCUGAAAACAUGUCUUUAGAAACGCUAAGAAACAGCAGUACAGAAGACCUCUUUGAUGAGAUUUAACUGUCUUAAAAAUAGACUUUGAUGUUCACUAGACUGUGUUUUCUAUUCAUUUCUUUAAACUGAAAUAGCAAAUGUUCUAUUCAGGAGCAGCUAUUACUGCACCUUACAAUUUAAUUACAUAUACACUGAGUUGAAACCAUUGUGCAAAAUGGAUUACAUAUGUAUAUGAAGAUAUGAUUUGAUGACAGUGGUACAUUAUUCUAAACUAUUCACUCAGCGAGCCUAUAAUUACAUAAAAUCUCAGAGUUUUUGUUGCAAAGGACACAUUUAUCUUAAUCAGUUCACACAUAUUCUAUGCAGUAGUUGUCUAACAUCCUGUCUGGGAAGAUAUUGGAACUAGGACAAAGAAAAUGUCCACAGUUCUUUUUUAGUCAUACUCUGA